CCUCAAGGAUACUUGGGCCGGUCGGUUGGGCCCGAUUUCAGAGGAACCCAACGAGAUAGUCUGGAAACCCCCGCAGCACGCCGGACGAAGCCGACUGUUGCUCUGCAUUCUGCACUGCACUGCACCGCCGCCGCCGCUCCGAUCGCUCGCCGCUGGAUCUACCCCACCUCGGCACUCCCGCCGCGGCGGUCCAUGGAGUUCCGCUUCCGCGCCGGGGACCGCGGGCCACCCGGCUCCUCCCCACCCGCGCCCUCCAGCUCCCCGCCGGCGCGGUUCUCCCACCCCCGCGACGGCUACGCCGGUGCCGUUGCUUCGGGCACGCAAGGGCCUUCGCCUUCGCCUUCGCCGCGGCCGCCGCUCGACUGGGAGGCGGCGCGGCGGGAGCACCUCAUUCGCGAGGAGGUGAGGCGGCGGCUCGUCGAGGAUGAGGUGCGCCGCGAGUUCGAGGCCAAGGGCGACCUCGCCUUCGCCCGCGGCCUCCACGGGGGCUGGGGGCCCGACCCGUUCCUCGCCCCCGGCUGCUUCAUGCCGCCGCCGCACGCGCCGAUGCCGAUGCCGAUGCGCCCGCCCCCGUACGCGCCGCCGCCGCCGGUGCCUUUCGACGAGUUUGGUGCCUGGCAGGGGUUUAGGCCUCGCCGGCACGCCGGAUUUGGGGAAAGGAUGCCGUUCCCCUGUGAGGAGGGGAGGUGGUCUCUGCCGCCGCAAAAGCCGAAGCAUAAGCUCAAGCUGGUUGAGAUCGAGCCCUCCGGGACACCUGAGGUUCCAAGGCUGAAGAGGAAAACAGAUGCCAAUGCUGCAGCUACUGUACCAAAGAAAGUACUGAAACUAGCCAAGGACUGGAGCUGUGCUCUAUGCCAGGUUAGUGCAACAUGUGAAGCUGGUCUAAAUGAGCAUCUCGGAGGAAGAAAACAUAAGGCCAAGUUGGCCCUGUGUGGCGCUAGCAAGGCAAUCAAAGAUGACAAAAACUGCUCGCAGACGACCACUGGGAAUAAGAACAGCACAGAUCCUUGUGAUGCACCUAAGAAAGUACACAUGCUAGUAGACGGUGAAAUGCAUGAAGUUGUUCAGAAGAACAACUAUCUGUGGUGUGAUCGCUGCAGAGUCAGGUGUGAUAGCAAUGUCAUCAUGGCUGGCCAUCUGCGGAGCAAGAAGCACAGUAAAUUAAACAAGGUUUGGACAUCGAUAAAGGCUGUGAGGACAAAUACCGAUACUAAGGAAGGUUUGCCUUCUUGUGGAAGUCGGGUAAAUACAAACGACUCUACUGAAAUUCCAGCGGUAAUUGAAGGCGACAUAAAUAUGACCAGUGAAGUAGAUGAAAGUAGCCCUGUAGAAAAUUCAGCCAGGAAAGAAAUCAAAAGCAUUGCCGCCGAAGUAGAAAUUCCAGCGGUAAUUGAAGGCGACAUAAAUAUGACCAGUGGUGUAGAUGAAAGUAGCCUUGUAGAAACUCCAGCUGGGAAAGAAAUCAGAAGCAUCGCCAGUGAAGUAGAAAGUAUAACCAUGGCUACCGAAGUACAUGAAAAUAACCCUGGGGAAACUCCAGUUGAAACAAAGAAGGAAAGCACAGACAUGACAAAUGAUGUGUGACAAGUCGUGCCAAAGGAGGAGUAACAGUAUACCUGCUCUUUGCCCAAGCUUCUUGCUUCUACCCUUUCGUUGGACAUGAUCUUAUCGUGGAACGUAUGCUUAGCUCAGUUUCAUCAUCAGAUGUGGGGUUCUCUCUUACCAUCCACAUGUACUCCCUCUGUAAAGAAAUAUAAGAGCAUUUAGAUUACUACUUUAGUGAUCUAAACGCUCUUAUAUUUCUUUACGGAGGGAGUAGUUUAUAGGGUAACAAUAAUGCAUAUGGGCAAUGUUUUCUUGUUAAGUUUCUUAGAUACUGGUAAUCAAGGUAGGAAUCUUACAAGUCUAUGAAUCCAGUGCAAUACAUGGCUUCUAAGGUAUCUAACUUGAUUACUAGUGUCUAAGCAACUUUCCAUGAGAAGCACUGCUCCCUAGAAGUAUGUGUUAUUGUUACUCUUUGGACACGUCUUUGACAUGGAGAUUAUGUUUUUUAUGUAGAAUGCCCCACUUUGAACUAUACCUUAGCUGCCUCUGUGGUACUUGUAUCCAGUUUUUAUUGUCGUCCUCUGUUUGUUUAUAUGUAAUGUGCUGAGGUGAGAUGGGUUGAGCUGGUGACGAGUAGGGUUUCUCUGGGUGCUAACCUGACUCUAGUUUGUAUUUUACUUAGGUCUUUUAGGUGUCUGCAGGUUUAUUUUUGCAUAGGUUGUGUGAAAAUUUGUUCGUUCGAGUAGUUGUAGCAUGCACUCACUAAUAGCAGUUUUGAAAAGAGUGUACAACCAGCAAUAUAUAGAGAUUAGAGGCACAUAGACUAUCCAAGCAUCUUAAUGAAGAGAGAAAAUGGCAGAUAUGAAAUACCAGGCAAACAUGUUCCUAAAGUUGUAAAAUCCAUUUACAUGAGGUGUGGGUUUUGAUGAUCCUUAGCUUGAUUUAUUGAGUCCGUGAAGGUUGUGAUCCAUAUCCAUGCCAAAAUUCAGUAUCAAAUAAAAUUUUACUUGCGUGAUAUUUGGUACUGAAAGUUUGCAUUGAUGUGGAAUAUGGCCUUCCCGAGCACCAUAAAUUAUUUUGGAGGUGAUAUUUGAAACAUCUGCACCGAGUAAUCAUGGAAUUCGCGACUUUAGACCAUUUUUGCUGGAUAUGCUCUCUCGACAGGUUCGUCGACAGCAACUUAGUGUAGGUGUUGCUGGAGGAACGCAGUAAAUCAAGGCCCACUUCCUGGGUUUGAUACGGCCACCCAUGCUAUGGUCCUGCUGUUAUUUCUGUUAGGCAAGAGUUCUAGUGUCUCAGCAUUGCUCAGCUGUUCUACCUGGUCCAGCUUGAAUUCCGGAUGUGUACCCCAAAUAGACCAGGUAGAAGUGUAGAACUAGAACAGCUGAGACACCAGAUGCAUGUAGGGUAUUCAAGCAUUAUGAUGCAGAGAGAAUGGCAGAUAUGAAAUACCAGUGAAGACACUCCUGAAAGUUGUAAAAUUCAUGAAAAUGAGAUGUAGGUGUAAAAUUCAUGAAAAUGAGACGUAGGUUUCGAUGAUCCUUGGCUGAUUUAGCGUUCGGGAAGGUUGUGAUCCAUAUUCAUGCCAAAAGCCUUAUCAAAUAAAAUGUUUACUUUUGAGGUACUGGUAGUGAAAUUUUGCAUUGAAGUAGAUUGUAGAAUAUGGCCUCCCGAGGUACUACUAUAAAUUAUUUUAGAAGUGAUUAUUAAUGGGAUUUUGAAGGGGAGCCUUGGCGCAGUGGUAAAGCUGCUGCCUUGUGACCAUGAGGUCACGGGUUCAAGUCCUGGAAACAGCCUCUUACAGAAAUGUAGGGAAAGGCUGCGUACAAUAGACCCAAAAUGGUCGGACCCUUCCCCAGACCCUGCGCAAGCAGGAGCUACAUGUACUGGGGCUGCCCCCU